AAGGGAAGGGGGUAGAAGGAAGGAAGUAAAAUUUACUUAGCGAUGCUGUCUUCUAGGUGUUUGAUUAAAUGUCACAGACGCGAAGAAAACGAUAGGGUAUCCCCGUUUGAAAAGGACGCCUUCCUGCCUUCGUUUUCUCAAUUCCCUCGCACCUACUAUUUUCCCCAUCCUUCGUCCGGUAUGUUUGCGUUCUUUUUUACUGGGUGUGAGUCGUGAAUUGGGAGAGAAACUCUCAUUGUGUGGGUGAUUAGUAGUGUAUAUAUCUCUUUAAGGGUAUAAAAAAUAGGGUUUUCGAUUAGGGUUAAUCAGUGAUGUGGCGAGUAAUUAGUGGGUGUGCCACAUAACUGUAGCCAAUAGGAAUACGACAGGCGGAUCAGGAAGAAGAUUAGAAGAGGAAGGGGUGAGAAUGAUCCUGAAAAGAAAAUAUAUGAGCCCACUAAUCCCGUGUGGCACAUUUUGAGCCAAAAUGGAUUUGCUAUUUAUGUGUUGGGGAUAUUGGAAUGUGCUGGGUAAUUAAGGGUAAAACGUAUCGUCUUAGAAUCUUAAAAGGACUUUCUUUUCAUGGUCAGUUUUUUUUUGCCCCCUGAUUCUCAUAUAUAUAAUUUAAAAACGUGUGCUGUUGAGAAUUUGGCUGCAAAUUUGUCUUCUUGGAUAAGUUUGGAUACAUGGAGUUUUGAGAGUGCGGAUGAUAGAGGAUAAUCGAAUACUUAAGGGUUUUUAAUAUGAACGACUCCUGGUUUUUCGACAAAAAUUUCAGUGGAGUAACGGACGAUUUCUUCGAUGAAACGUUGCUGUACUUUGAUUUCCCUCUAGAGGAUGUUGAUCCUGCCGCUGUGGAAGAGGAUUGGCAGACUAAAUUUCAAGAACUUGAGCCUCCUUCAAUCUUUUUGCCAAACUUUCCGUCUGAUAUCUGCUGUGCAAGUGGCAAUGGCGCUGGCAAAGUAGAGGGAACUUCCUCCAUUCUGCAGAACCAAUCAUCGGAGUUCAAGCAAUGUUCAACAAUAAGCAGUAACAAGUCAUCAUCCAGCCGAAGCAUCAGCAUCCAGUGUGAUUCCUCUUCAGAUGCCAAAUAUCCUCAACAAAAUUUCAGGACCUCAAGCCCAAUUUCUGUCCUCGAGAGCAGCAGCUCCUCAUGCUCGGCCGAGAACCCAUCAACUUAUCACUCAACAAUCGCCGUCACAGCCAAACGUCCUCGGAGCAAAGGCCUGCGCUCCCAGCGUCGCACUUACGAGUUCUUCCACCGUUUAUUCUCCUCGGGCAGAAAAAGGCUUCAUCCGCUGGCACAGCUCGAGCCUGAAUCCGUGCCCCAUGUGGAUGAGAAGAUAUCAUCAGGCCUCGUGAAAGGUGUUCAGAAGAAGAGAAAGCAGCAGCAGGGCACAAGUAGUGAAACUAGGAGGUGCUCCCAUUGUGGGGUGUCGGAGACUCCACAGUGGAGAGAAGGCCCAUUGGGACCCAAAACGCUCUGCAACGCUUGUGGGGUUCGUCACAGGUCUGGCCGUCUGUUCCCAGAGUACCGCCCAGCUGCUAGUCCGACCUUCAUCCCCGCGGUGCACUCAAACUCACACAGGAAGGUGUUGGAGCUAAGGAAGAAGACCUGCACUGGCGAUGGCAGCGGCGAGGAGGAGGGAGCAGGAUCCGCUACCACCACUUCGACUGCCUGAGAAUCGCGGAAACAAAUGCUGAUUUUGACUGGUAUUCGUUUGAUUAUUAUAUUUGUUUAGGAGUAGCUAGCGUGGGUUAGGACGAUGACGACGAAACGAUUAGCAGCGUAAGUCUUGUAAUCUCUCUCUGAUGAUGAUGAUGCUGAUACUGUUUAUGGGGUUCAAUUUGUUCUUUGAUGUACAUUAUUACCUUGAGAAUAAGAAGCGGUAGGGAGGUCAGGUAGAUGAUGAAAUGAAGGCAGGGAUAGAAGAAGUUUAGCUUUGCAAGCGGAAGAAAGAAAGAGAGGAGUCUCUGAAGAAGAAGGACCUUGAAGGCAGAGAAGAGGCAUUAGUUUAUUAAAUAUGCUUUGUGUGAUUCUGUAGAUGUUGCCGAAAAGUCAAGUAGGUGUUAGCUUGUUCUUCCUUUCUUUUUCCCCCUUCUCUAAUGAAUGCUGAACCCUUUUCUAGCUAUUACUUGGCUCUUAGUUCUUACACUUUCUUUGGGCUGUUUUCAAGUGUGGGAGUAACAUCAUACUCCCACAACGUUUUUUCAUGUGAAAUCGAUCGUAAAAUGUGCAUCAUUCUAACGAUCUCCUGGAUGGCGGAAU